AUGGGGCUCGCUGACGCCAUAGAUACGCGCAUCGGCGGCCGGAUCGCCAAGGGCAUCAGCAGCGGGCAGCGGAAGCGGCUGAGGAUCUGCAUCGAGAUGCUGACGCGGCUGCGCCUGCUCUUCCUCGACGAGCCCACCAGCGGCCUCGACAGCACCGCCUCCUACCACGUCAUGAGCCACACCGCACGCGUCGCCGCUCGCGACGGCAUGACGGUCGUCGCCGCCGUGCACCAGCCCAGCGGCGACGUCUUCGACCUCUUCCACGGCCUCUGCCUGCUCGCCGCCGGGAAGGCGAUCUUCUUUGGGACCAUCUCUGAUGCCACCGAGGUGACGACCCUGCUUCGUCUUAGCUUCUUCUUCUUCUUCAGCCUAUCUGAAUAG